ACGGUAGAACCUCUGUAGUAGAAUUUCUAAACAAAGUAACCAUUGUCUAUUGUUAUUAGAGUAAGAUGGACUGGGGCGUGAGCGAGACAAAGAUAACAAUUGUCCGUUGCUUUGAUUGUGUGAGCUCAUGCCUCAGUCGCCGUUUGAACACGCUAUUACUGUCACGUUUGGAUCGAGCCCUGUGUUUCACUUUGCUGACCUGCCCUUCGACGUUAAUCAACCCCGCGUCCUGUCUUCUACAAAGUGGUCCUUCGAGCAUCGGAUCGUCGAAAGUGGUCCUUCGAGCAUCGGAUCGUCGAAGAAUAUGUCGUCAUACACUCGCAGCAAAUCCAGAAACAUCGGGCCCGAUAAUAAAGUACCACGGGGAAACUCUACGCGCCCUCAACAAAGAUUGCCGUCGUGUGAGGAAGAACGACGCAUGGAAGAGGAACGACAUCAACGAGAAGUAUCGGCGCCCAGUACGAAGAAUCUGUCACAUCCUGCUACAGAUUCGGGCAUCGCAGAAUCACGCUUCAACAUACAGUCGCCUUCCAGUUCCAGUCAACACGGCAACCCGGAGGCUAUAGUUCGUGGGAUCCCGUUAGAAGGAGGGACGGUGCACGAUCACACAAUACGUCGCGCACCCGAAACCUGCAGUACGCCGACAGAAAAUAGCACGCGCCCGAAAAAUAGCACGUGCACCGACAAAACCACGUGCACCGAAUACACCACGUGCACCGAAUACACCACGUGCACCGGAAACACCACGUGCACCGAAAACACCACGUGCACAGAAAAUACCACGCGCCCCGUCACGCCCCCGACCCUCCGCCGCGCCGCCACUGCAGCGUCCGCAGCCCACUGUGUGUCGUCCCGGUCGAGUCACGCUCAGCGAGAAGCAGCGCGUCGCCGCAUCGAGUACGAAGUGGAGCUUGAGUUGUUUAAAUCGAAACAACGCCUAGCUCAAAUGAAAAAGGCGAUGCAGCUAGCCGAGUUAGAAGCUGAGGAAGAACUCGAGGAUGAACCACCCGAACGAAACCGUGAGUCGCUUGUUGGGGAGUGGGUCGAGAAAUCGCCCUUCAACGCUGCAGAAGAGACACUUUAUCGCCCUCGCAUGACGCUCUUUCUACGAGCUGCCAAACUUCUACGGGGACCCUGCAGACCGUCUCUUCUUUAA